AUGGCCUCAAUCACCCAAGGACUCCAAGGUACCUCCAACCAAAACCCUAGAGAAUACAGCGUGUACGAAAAGGCAAACUUUUACCUUGACUCACGGUAUCAGGUACAACUGGUACUAGGGAAAGGGUCAUAUGGUACCGUGUGUUCAGCAAUUGAUACAAUAGCACCAACAAGCUGCGGUGGCACAUCUACCAGCCCUGGGCCCCACUACCUUGCAAUCAAGAAAGUGUCCAACAUCUUUCACAAAGAAGUCUUGCUAAAAAGAGCCAUCCGCGAGCUAAAGCUUAUGAGACACUUUAAGGGACACAAAAACAUUAUCAACUUGGUGGACUUGGAUAUAAUCUACAUCAAACCCUAUGACGGCCUCUACUGUUUCCAGGAACUAGUUGACUACGAUCUAGCCAGGGUGAUCCAUUCGGCCGUUCAAUUUUCGGAAUUUCACGUACAAAGCUUUUUAUACCAGAUUCUUUGUGGGUUAAAGUACAUUCAUUCGGCAGAUGUCAUUCACAGGGAUUUAAAACCAGGCAACAUCCUCGUCACAACCCAAGGAUCCAUAAAAAUCUGCGACUUUGGGUUGGCCAGAGGGGUGAACCCAAAGUUUUUCCGCACAAGGUCCGCAAACAUAACCAAUUACGUUGCUACUCGGUGGUACCGUGCUCCUGAGCUAAUUUUGUCCAACAAAAACUACACCAAAUCCAUUGACAUGUGGGCGGUGGGAUGCAUUUUUGCCGAGCUCUACGGAAGGCGCCCGUUAUUUGUCGGGAACGAUCAGAUUCACCAAAUCAAUGAAAUCUUAAAGGUAUUGGGGACACCCCCGAGAGAUGUCUUCACCCGCUAUGGUUCACACAAGGCCUGUGAUUUCUUCUCCCCCCCAAAGCCCCAAUACAGGGCAAUCCCGUGGAGCCACGUGUAUCCGUAUGCCAGCGAGCUUGCCCAUGAUUUGUUAGAGAAUCUCUUGGACUGGGACCCCGAGUUGCGCUUGGAAAUUCAGCAGUGUAUCAACCAUCCGUAUUUGAACGCCGUACGUGAUUACAACGAUGAGCCCGACUGUACCAAACCUUUUGACUUCAGUUUCGAGGGCUAUGCAACGUCCAUAACCGAUUUAAAACGUAAGUGA